AUGGAUGACUGCCUCAACUGUCCUCGUUAUGGCCGUUAUAAGGAGUUCACGGCCUCCUUCUCCAUGUUAACUCCUGUCCAACCGAGGGUCCAAGAACUCGCCCGAUAUCAUAUACAGAGACAACCCAUCCUCGCCACUAUCACAAGCAAACCUAUCAAGAUCUCGAGACAAACAACUCUGCUCGCUCAAGACAUUCCAGGGGCUCUUCCGACCGACGAGGAGGAUAUGGACAAAUACUGGCGGCAGAUGGAUAUGAAUAUGGAAACCAAGACCGACAAAGUACCCGGCCCAUCCGGUCUCAUCCAUCAAGGACAAGCCGCAGACCGCCGUCUCUGGAGCGACAAGAUGCAUUUGCGGAUACAAGAACUCGCAAGGAUUCCCAAAUCAAAAGAUGCGACCUGGUCAGCAGCGGAAGAACUUUACGUGUUCGCCACCAGUUGA